AUGCCGUCGUCCAACCACUUCGACCACAGCCACUACCGGUCGUACAAUGUCUUUGAACAUCGGCCGCACAAAAGUCUGCGCUACUUCAUCAAUGCCCUCCUCGCCACGGCCCUCUUCCGCAUUUGGCCCACCCUCCUCUUCUUCGCCGGGUGGAGCACCAUGAUCGUCCUCAUCAACUUGAAGACCAGCGCCAAGCUCUCUUUCCCCAGCGUCAUGAUCACAGUCCUUGGUAUGCUUCUCGGUCUGACAAUCUCGUACCGUACCUCCUCGGCCUACGAAAAGUAUACUGAGGGCCGCAAGAUGUGGGCGAUGAUCAUCAUGGCCAGUCGGAACUGGGCGCGUUUGGUUUGGAUCCAUUGCCCCGACUCCCUUACACCCGACCCAAUCGAGGACCCCGCAGAGCGCGCGCGUGACGAGGCCAAGGCCAUCAUCGAGAAGAAGACGGUCGUGCAGCUCGGCCUGGCCUUUGCUGUUGCGGUCAAGCACUAUCUGCGCAGCGAGCCUGGAAUUUACUACGAGGACCUGUACCACCUUGUGUCUUUCAUUCCCUCUCUCAGCUUCCCGAGCGGCAUCACCACCGAGUACGGCAACAUUGCUCCCAACCUUCCGAUGCUCAGUGCCGGGCACAUACGCCCUAGUGCGUACCGCCAGGCGACUGCCAACAGCGGCAAGAGCGAGCCUGUCAUGCUGUGCCCGGGCGAGAACCCGCCCAGGUUCAGAGUCUCCGACAUGUGGCCUUCGCGCUGGAAGAAGCACACCCACGAGCUCAACCCCCUCUCGGGCGAGGACAGCGACGUGCCGCUCAAGAUUGUCACGUUUAUGUCGUCGUGGCUGGCCGGUGUGCAGAAGCGCAAGGUUCUUGACGCGGCGACCACCUCCAACCUCAUGCUCCCUCUUGGUCAGAUGAACGAAGCGCUGGCCGCCCUCGAGCGCAUCCUCACCACCCCCAUUCCCUGGUCAUACAACGCACACAUCUACGAGAUGAGCUGGAUAUACUGCCUGGCGCUCCCCUUCCAACUAUGGGACUCCAAGCUCAAGUGGGUCACCGUCCCGGCCACCGUUAUCACUGCCUACUUCGUCCUAGGAUACGCGAGCAUCGCUGAGGAGAUCGAAAAUCCUUUCGGAUUCGACGCCAACGAUCUCAACCUCAACUACUUCUGCCAGGAGGUCAUCGCCAAGGAGCUCGAAGCAAUCACGUCGAGAGACUACAGCGAGCCCGACGAGUGGAUCUUCUCCGAGUCCAACCACCCCUUCGGGCAGGGGAUGCCAUCCGCUGAGCGGAUGCAGACGGUAUCUCCUGUCGAGUUGCGCCGCAUCCUUGCCCAGCCGCACCGGGGCAGCCCAGCCGCGUCGUCGGACACGAUCAGGAAGGGCAGCGUUUGA